AUGUAUUCACUAUCGUUUAUCUUAUCAUUGAUUACUAUUACAUUUAACAGUGUAAACAGUCUUAACGUAACAAAAACAUUUCGAUUAAACAAUGGUGUGGACAUACCUGUCAUCGGUUUGGGAACCGGCGGUUUCGAUGGCGCACCACAGGGAGAAUUGGUCAAACAAAUGGUCAGAGAUGCUAUUGAUGUCGGCUAUCGGCUCAUCGAUACGGCCGCCUAUUAUGGCAACGAACCAGCUAUUGGUGAGACAAUCGACGAACUCGUCGGCAGCGGUAAAGUCCGACGCGAAGAGCUAUUUGUGUCGACCAAAGCUUUUCUGUUGUUCGGCGACAACAGCCAAGCGGUCACCCGAACUGAAACCGUACACAACGUGCGGCUAGCGUUGAGUAAACUGAAUCAGACCUACUUGGAUAUGAUGCUCUUUCAUUGGCCGUCCGACUCGGCGCCAGUUAAUCAGGAAAUAUGGCGCGGACUGGAAGAUGCAUUACAACUGGGUUUGGUUCGCACGAUAGGUGUGUCUAACUUUGAUCUCUCAAAAUUGGAACAAUUGCUCGAAACGGCUAAAGUGGUUCCGGCCGUCAACCAAAUCGAGAGUCACCCGAAGCUCAGUCAACGACCGAUGAUUGACUUUUGUAAUCAGUAUGGCAUACGUAUGACUGCCUAUUCACCGUUGGGCGCCGGCUCACUGGUUGACCUACCAUUGUUGACAGAGAUUGGCAAUAGAUAUGCCAAAAGCGCUGCUCAGGUGAUGCUUAGGUGGCAAAUACAGAGAGGAGUAGUUGUCAUACCCAAGAGUACCAAAAGAUACCGUUUGAUUGAAAAUAUUAAUAUAUUUGACUUUAAUCUGACCGACGAAGAAGUGAAACUCAUUGAAGAUCUAUAA